AUGGAAGACUGGGCGCACUACAGCUCCGACGACGAGCCGUCGAUCCCUCACUUCCAGCUCAACGCGGUCACCGAGGCGCUCCUUGCCGAACUCGACCCUACGGCCACCGCGACACAGAGUGAGCGCGCUGUCCAUCGGCGGCGAGCCGUUUCAAGCCAUCAUGAGAAGCAGUCGCAGAGAAAAGCAUCGCCGGGCGUGAGGAGUGGUGGCAAGGACGCACCGCUCGUAGGGGGCGACUCGGUAGCACUGGGACCGGGGCACCGAAAGGUGGUCAUCAACGGCAUUUCCUACAGAAUCCUCAAGAAGCUAGGCCGAGGCGGCAGCGGCCGCGUCUACGAGGUCAUGGCGCCAGACGCGCAGACCUGGGCGUUCAAGGCGAUUCCGCUCGCGGCCCUGGACAGCCAUGCCAAGCGCCAGAUUGAAAACGAAGUUGCUCUGCUGCAGGGUCUGCGCACGACGGAGCGAGUGGCUCUUUUGCAGGACUGGUGCGUGGACGAGGCCAAGAAUGCCAUUCACAUUGUUAUGGAGCUGGGACAGAUUGACUUGGAAACCAUCAUCAAGAAUCAGCUGGAGCGCGAUGAGAAGCUCGACCCCGUCUUUGUCGGGUACUACUGGCGCGAGAUGCUGCGCUGCGUCGCCGCGCUUCACAGCCAUGAGAUCGUGCACGCGGAUAUCAAGCCGGCGAAUUUCGUCCUGGUCCGGGGCGUGCUCAAGAUUGUCGACUUUGGCAUCGCGCACGGCCUGCCCGACGACACGGUCAACGUGUACCUCGAGCACCGGGCCGGCACGCCCAGCUACAUGGCACCCGAGACGCUGCACGUUCUUGGCAGCAGCAGCAGAAGCAGCAGUCGCGUCGUGCGUUUUGGGAAGCCAAGCGAUAUAUGGAGCUUGGGGUGUGUGCUGCACCUCUUGGUGUACGGACAGACGCCGUUUGCGCAUGUUCGCGGCCUGGUGGCGAAGAUGAGUGCCAUUGCGGGCGUGACAGCGGCGGUGACAACGGAUGAGCUGGGACUGGGUGGGGUGGAGGUGCCGGGAGCGUUGAGGAGGACGAUGGGCAUGUGUUUGGAGAGGGACCCGGGAAGGAGGCCGACGGCGGAGGGGCUGCUAGCGAGGAGCGGCGGGGAUGGGCUGGUGAGGGAGGGGCAUGUGGGAAGCAUGGUGGUGGAUGAGGUGAUGGCGAGGAUGGCGAUGGAGGGGGUGAAGAGGGAGGAACUGGAUCUGUGGUUGGCGGAGGCGAUGGAGGAGGUUGGGCUGGGGUGA